CCGUUGACAAUAAAAAAAAUCCCAUUUAGGAAAGAGCGGACAAAACAGUAAUUUCUCAAAUUUCAGAUUGAAACAGUUCCGUCACCGGCGACGAUGAAAUGGUUGCUCGUCGCCGUAUUGACCGCUUUUACGAUCUUCUCCGCCGUAACACAGUCCCAUCUCCUCCAUGGAUCUCCGGUCAAUUCUCUCUGCGCUGAUCUCAUUCAUCCCGCUAAUUACUCCUGCACUGAACACACUAUUCAAACAAAGGAUGGUUACAUAUUAGCUCUUCAACGUGUAGCUUCUCUUGGUCCAAGACUUCAAUAUGGUCCACCUGUUUUGCUUCAACACGGAUUAUUUAUGGCUGGAGAUGUGUGGUUCUUGAAUUCACCAAAAGAGUCACUUGGUUUCGUUCUUGCUGAUCAUGGGUUUGAUGUUUGGGUUGGAAAUGUUCGUGGUACACGUUAUAGUUAUGGACAUGUAACUUUGUCUGAAACUGAUAAGGAAUUUUGGGACUGGAGUUGGCAAGAUUUGGCCAUGUAUGACUUGGCAGAAAUGAUUCAGUAUCUAUAUUCAAUUUCAAACUCCAAAAUUUUCCUUGUUGGACAUUCUCAGGGGACUAUCAUGUCUUUUGCUGCUCUUACUCAGCCGCAUGUUGCGGAAAUGGUUGAAGCAGCUGCGUUGCUUUGUCCAAUAUCAUAUUUGGAUCAUGUUACAGCUCCACUUGUUGAAAGAAUGGUUUUUAUGCAUCUCGAUCAGAUGGUUGUUGCUCUUGGGCUGCAUCAAAUAAACUUUAGAAGUGAUAUGUUAGUUAAACUUGUCGACUCAUUAUGCGAAGGGCAUAUGGAUUGCACUGAUUUCCUCACAUCCAUAACAGGGACGAAUUGUUGUUUCAACGCCUCGAGGAUAGAAUACUAUCUAGAUUACGAGCCUCACCCAUCAUCUGUCAAGAAUAUUCGACAUCUUUUCCAAAUGAUUCGGAAGGGGACCUUUGCACAAUACGACUAUGGGUAUCUAAAAAAUCUACGGAUUUAUGGGAUGUCGAAACCUCCAGAAUUCAAACUCAGCCUCAUCCCGGCAUCAUUACCAAUGUGGAUGGGUUACGGUGGAACUGAUGGUUUAGCAGAUGUUACAGAUGUGGAACAUACUCUCGCGGAACUACCUUCCAGACCAGAGUUACUAUAUCUUGAGGAUUAUGGUCACAUUGACUUUGUGCUUGGCACAAGUGCUAAAGAAGAUGUCUAUAAGCACAUGAUUCAAUUUUUUAGAGCAAGGAGAAAGUCUAGUAGCUGGUAAAAUACUCAAUACACUGCUCUGCUUUGCACAUAUCUAUUUUCACGAAAAUAUAAGUACGCAUCUGAUUGUAAAUAUUUCCUUAAUGGUCGAAAUUUUAUGUUUGAAAGAGCUACAUAGUACCAAUCUAGAUAUGAAGAGAUAGAACAGUCCAGUGAGUGACUCGAGGUGAAAUAUAUUGGUCGUUGAUGAGUUUAGAGAAAUUACUACACAUUUCA